AUGAACGUAACCAUCGCACCAACGCGUCCCUCGACCGGGACUGUCAAUCCUGAUGUCUUGAGUUUUUUUAUGGUGUUCAACCUCCUCGUCUGCGGUGUGGUGCUCGGGCUAUUCGGCAUCUGCGGUAACAUCGCCAACAUCAGAGUCUUCGUCAAACAGGGCUUCCACGACAGCGUCAACAUCACGCUCGCGGCCCUGGCGGUCGGCGACAUCGGCGCGCUGGUCACCCUGCAGGCCACGAACAUCAUGACCAACCCUUGGUUCCUCGGGGCCGACCUGCCGUUCUCACCGCUGGACGUCGUGCGGUUGAUAUCCUUCUACCCCCACAGCUACUUCAUCAGGGUGUGCGGGUUCGUCACUGCCUUCGCCGCAUUCGAGCGCUGCCUCUGUGUUGUUGCGCCACUGAGGGUCAAGGGAAUCAUCACCGUUCGAGUCGCUGUUGUAGUCAAUGUACUGAUAUUUACAAUCACGUUGUUCAACGUCUUCCCCCCGUAUUACUUCGCUUACUUUGAUUGGACGUUUUCCCCCAGGGCAAAUAGGUCGAUCCUGGCCGUGGCGUUCCGUCAAGACGCGGACGUAGCUUUUAGCAUGUCCUACUUCAUAACGGAUCUCGCCGUGCCCUAUAUCACGUUCGUAGCCCUCAUCUCGUGCACCCUCGUCAUCAUCAUCAAGGUGAAGGCCAAGGCCGCGUGGAGAAAAUCUGUGUCGAGUUCGAGGUUAAGCUCCGGCGGCAAAGUUUCCAACAAAGAGACGAGACUGGUUCAGAUGCUCACGGCGGUGUCCCUGAUUUUCAUCGUCUGCCUCAUUCCCCAGUCGUCGAUUCUGACGGCGGUCGCCAUCAAUCAAGAUUUGAGCGCCUCCGGGGAGCAUUUCGACAUUGCGUUGCUUUGCUACUGCAUCGCUUUUCUCAUGGAGACCGUUAACUCGAGUGUUAAUAUAAUAGUCUACUACAAAAUGAGCAGCAGGUACAGAGAGACAUUUAUCAAUCUGCUCAAAGGAUCUAUUUAA